AUGGCGUCGAAGGGCCCCUCCGAGGAGGUCAAAACGGCGGCCGCCCUGAAGAAGAAGGCUUCAGACGUCCACGCCGUCGACCAGUCCGGAAAUGUUUACAAAGGAUUCCAAAUCUGGACGGACUUGGCUCCGUCGGUCAAGGAACAUCCGGACCUGAUGUUUGCCAAGUGCGUGGUGCAGGCCGGAUCGGGCAAGGGAAGCUUGACGUGCGUGCAGAUUGAUCCGCCUGGGUUCGACGAGCCGUUCGAGGUCCCACAGGCGAAUGCGUGGAACGUGAACAGCCAGAUCGACCCCAUGACUUACGGAGACAUUGGCAUGUUGCCACACACCAACAUCCCCUGCGUCCUCGAUUUCCUCAAGGUCCGUUUCAUGAAGAACCAGAUCUACACGACAGCUGACCCUCUCGUCGUCGCCAUCAACCCUUUCCGCGAUCUCGGCAACACCACCCUCGACUGGAUUGUGAAGUACAGAGACACCUUUGACCUCACGAAACUCGCGCCGCACGUCUUCUACACCGCGAGACGCGCUCUCGAUAACCUCCACGCUGUCAACAAAUCCCAAACCAUCAUUGUCUCCGGUGAAUCGGGUGCGGGAAAGACCGAGGCGACGAAACAGAUUAUGAGAUACUUUGCGGCGGCGAAGUCCGGUACGAUGGAUUUGCGUAUUCAGAACGCGAUUAUGGCUGCCAAUCCGGUUCUUGAGGCGUUUGGAAAUGCCAAGACGAUUCGUAACAACAACUCGUCGCGUUUCGGCCGUUUCAUGCAGUUGGACGUGGGCCGCGAGGGAGGCAUCAAGUACGGUUCCGUGGUGGCUUUCUUGCUGGAGAAGUCGCGCGUGCUGACGCAGGACGAGCAGGAGCGGUCCUACCACAUUUUUUACCAGAUGUGCAAGGGUUCGGACGCAGCGAUGAAGCAGCGUUUCCACAUUCUCCCGCUGACAGAGUACAAGUACAUCAACCCGUUGUGCCUGGACGCGCCGGGGAUUGACGACGUCGCGGAGUUCCAGGAGGUUUGCGAGUCUUUCCGGUCGAUGAACCUCACGGAAGACGAAGUGGCGAGCGUGUGGAGCAUCGUCAGCGGCGUGUUGCUGCUCGGCAACGUGGAGGUGACGGCGACGAAGGACGGCGGCAUCGAUGACGCGGCGGCGAUUGAAGGCGCCAGCCUCGAGGUCUUCAACAAGGCUUGCCAGCUGCUCUUCCUGGACGCCCAGCGGGUCCGCGAGGAGCUUACGAUUAAGAUUUCCUACGCCGGCGGACAGCAAAUCAAGGGCCGCUGGAAGCAGGAGGACGGCGACAUGCUCAAGUCUUCGCUCGCCAAGGCCAUGUACGACAAGCUGUUCAUGUGGAUCAUUGCGGGGCUGAACCGCAACAUCAAGCCUCCCGGAGACUUCAAGGUGUUUAUGGGAAUGCUUGACAUCUUCGGGUUUGAGGUCUUCAAGAACAACUCGCUGGAGCAGUUCUUCAUCAACAUCACCAACGAAAUGCUGCAAAAGAACUUUGUCGACAUCGUCUUUGACCGCGAGAGCAAGCUGUACCGCGACGAAGGUAUCUCCUCCAAAGAGCUGGUUUUCACCUCGAACGCGGAAGUCAUCAAGAUCCUGACAGCGAAGAACGGCUCGGUCCUCUCUGCUCUCGAAGAUCAGUGCCUCGCCCCUGGCGGCUCGGACGAAAAGUUCCUCUCCAACUGCAAAAACACCCUCAAAGGCACCAACAAGUUCAAGCCUGCGAAGGUAUGCCCGAACAUCAACUUCCUCAUCGCCCACACCGUCGGAGACAUCCAGUACAACGCCGAAGGUUUCCUCUUCAAGAACAAGGACGUGCUUCGCGCAGAAAUCAUGGAAAUCGUCCAGCAAAGCAGCAACCCCGUCGUCGCGCAACUCUUCGCCGGCAUUGUCAUGGAGAAGGGCAAAAUGGCCAAGGGCCAACUCAUUGGUUCCCAGUUCCUCACGCAACUCCAAAGCCUCAUGGAACUCAUCAACAGCACCGAGCCUCACUUCAUCCGUUGCAUCAAGCCCAACGACACGAAGAAACCCCUUGACUGGGUGCCGUCCAAGAUGCUCAUUCAGCUGCACGCUCUUUCCGUCCUCGAAGCGCUUCAGCUGCGUCAGCUUGGCUACUCCUACAGGCGACCGUUCAAGGAGUUUCUGUACCAGUUCAAGUUCAUCGAUCUCGCCGCGUCGGAAAACCCCAACCUUGACCCCAAGGAGGCAGCGCAGAGACUCAUCACCUCUAGCAAACUCCCGCGCGAGGAAUACGAGAUUGGAAAGACGAUGGUUUUCCUCAAGCAGACUGGUGCAAAGGAACUGACGCAAAUCCAGAGAGACUGCCUGAGCGCAUGGGAACCGGUCGUCUCCGUCCUCGAGGCGUUCUACGUCCGACAGCGCAACAAGAAACAGCUCAUGAAGAGAGCCCCGUUCAUCAUCCGAGCCCAGGCGCACAUCCGAAGACACUUGGUGGACAACAACGUCAGCCCCGCGACUGUCCAGGCGGCGUUCUAA